UACGCCCCAGAAAACGAAGAAACUGCCAAUAUCUUCGAGUCCAUGAAUUCUUCUCAAGAACUAGCCAAGCCUUCGACAACCAAAACCGAACCAUUCAUCGCGCAGCUCCAAUACCUCAGAAAGCCCCUAUGGCUUGUGGGGCCCGCAAUCCUCCUACUCACGGGGGUGGUCCCCACCUUAUGGCUGCCCAUCUCUUCAAUAUUCAUGGGUCCCACCAUAGCCACGCUCCUCUCUCUCACAGGCCUCGACUGCAUAUUCAACCUCGGCGCUUCCCUCUUCCUCCUCAUAGCAGAUUCCACUGCCCGUACAGCUCAACCUUGCUGUAAUAAGCCGCCCCAUGCUUAUAAAUUCUGGAACACGCUAGCAAACGUAACGGGAUUUCUCGUUCCCCUACUGGUGCUCUUUUGUUCCCGAAGGGGCUUGCUCGAGCCUCAAUUGCCGUUUAUAUCUUUUGCGGUGCUUCUGGGGCCCUACUUUCUGCUGCUGUCUGUGCAGAUGCUGACGGAGAUGCUGACGUGGCACUGGGGGUCGCCCGUGUGGCUGGUGGCCCCCGUUGUGUACGAGGCGUACAGACUGUUGCAGCUGAUGAGGGGUCUGGGGCUUGGAGUCGAGCUGGCAGCGCCCAAUUGGAUGGUGCACACGGUGAGAGGGUUAGUGUGUGGGUGGGUGCUGGUUCUUGGUGUGCAGCUCAUGAGAAUUGCUUGGUAUGCUGGUUUUACUUCUUCUCUUGCUUCUUCUUCUUCUGUUGAUGAUUAUUGAUCCAACGGCUGAGAAUGUUUGUUUGU